GGCGGGUUGACCUGGGAUUUGAAUUGGGGAUCAGGCGGGAAGUGGGUUCCUGCUGUUUGGUGGAUACGGUAAGUCCCUGGGGGGCGCUCUGUGUCCUGCGCGCAGGCACGUGUUGGCGCUACUGCUCAGUACCCAUCACCAUGGACUUAAUAUAUGGAGACAGCUGGUAUGGACUGCCACUCUAACAAUGCUCAGACUGCCACCUACUGCUAUACAUGGCUGAGCUUGGUGGGAGUGACAGUCCACAGGAGGGGCACACUGUUACCUACUGCCAUACAUGGCUGAGCUUGGUGGGAGUGACAGUCCACAGGAGGGGCACACUUACCUACUGCCAUACAUGGCUGAGCUUGGUGGGAGUGACAGCCCACAGGAAGGGCACACUGUUACCUACUGCCAUACAUGGCUGAGCUUGGUGGGAGUGACAGCCCACAGGAGGGGCACCCUGUUACCUACUGCCAUACAUGGCUGAGCUUGGUGGGAGUGACAGCCCACAGGAGGGGCACCCUGUUACCUACUGCCAUACGUGGCUGAGCUUGGUGGGAGUGACAGCCCACAGGAAGGGCACCCUGCCACCUACUGCCAUACGUGGCUGAGCUUGGUGGGAGUGACAGCCCACAGGAGGGGCACACUGUUACCUACUGCCAUACGUGGCUGAGCUUGGUGGGAGUGACAGCCCACAGGAGGGGCACCCUGUUACCUACUGCCAUACGUGGCUGAGCUUGGUGGGAGUGACAGCCCACAGGAGGGGCACACUGUUACCUACUGCCAUACAUGGCUGAGCUUAGUGGGAGUGACAGCCCACAGGAGGGGGACACUGUUACCUACUGCCAUACAUGGCUGAGCUUGGUGGGAGCGUACUGCAAUACAUGGCUGAGCUUAGUGGGAGUGACAGUCCACAGGAGGGGCACACUGUUACCUACUGCCAUACAUGGCUGAGCUUGGUGGGAGUCCACAGCAGUUGGAGCUUCAUUAAUGGAAAACAGAAACCAUCCAACACUGUGCUGUGGAUGUAGCUUACUGGCUGAGCACCAUGGGAGUGGCAGUCCAUACCAGCUGUGUCCAACAAUAACCGGUUACUGUAGAUGAGAAUUAAAAUGGAACUGUCAUUGCUGACAAGUCAGCUGUAGGGUGUAAAAAGCCUAGUGGCAGUAACACAUUUUUAAUUUUUUAUGGCAUGGUAUGCAAAUUACGGUGUGCCCUGCAGUAUUCAAUAUAAAUAAAACGUUGAAACAGCUUUUAUAACACAAAUUUAUCAUUUUUUAGUUUUACAAAUUUUUUAUACAUGAUGCUACAUUCUUUUAAACAUGUAUCAAAGGUUUAUCAUUUGAUCUCAUUAUCUAGUUUGGACCUGGUACAGUCAAGACCCACCCUGGACAGGGCACCAUUGGUAGGCUGAAAGUGUCAGCUAAACCAAUAAUAAACAUGUUAACCCCUUAAGGAAAAACAGUGCCCGGGACCUACAGGCACCACAACAGUUUCAUUGAGUUGAGGUUGUCAUGAUGUCCAGAGUGUUUCUUUAAACAUAGGGGGUGUUUUAAUCAAUAUUUAAAAAAAAAAAUUAACUAGGGUAGUGAAGGUUAGCCCCUAAAAAUGACAUUAUAGGCACCCAGAUCACUUCAGCGCAUUGAAGUGGUCUGUGUGCACUGUCCCAGGUCCCUUAACCAUCCAAAUGUAAUUAUUGCAGUUUUUAAGAAACUGCAAUAUAUACCUUUCAGGGCUAACUCCACCUCUUUUUGGUACCAUCUCUGUAGCUUUCAUUGAUCAAUAUUAAACAUCUUGCUGGUAGUCAUUUUAUUGUUGCACCUUGAUGCCCAAUAUUUCGCUGUGAUGCAAAUACAAUUCUAUCCAACUUCAUCAUCAAUUAAAAGAGCAGUCUCUCAGUUUAGACAGUACUUUAAAAUAUUGUUUUAGUUACAGCCAGAGCUCAGAUAUGGUUCAUACAUUGUUGUGUUUUUUUUUUUUCAUUUUUAGGAUUGAUUGUGGAAAUGUCAAAACGGGUGGCAUUUUUGCAAGCCACAUCCAAGGAAUCAGUGAAAACCUUCCUCAAUUUCAUUAAUCUUCAUGUAAGUAUAGCAAAUUUAAGAUAGACAUAAAGGCUGUCUGGCUAGUUUGUGGAUAUUUGCAACAGUUAAUUCACUGGUCAUGGUCAUGCUACAAAGCUUUAUUAUGAAAAUAGAAACUAAGCAUCUCUUGUUCCUAUUAGUGCAUUGUGGUAAAAUGUGCUGCAUGCAUAAUAUCUUAAAAACAUUGGUCUGGUUGUUGGAUAAUGUUAAAACAUCUCUAACAUUGUAACUAAAUAUAUUUAUUAUAUUAGUGUUCCUUUGCUUAUUUAGAUUGUUGUGCCCCUUGGGAAAAAAUAAAGAAGUAAAACACACAUUUUAUCCACCUCUAUCCUUGUCAGUCCAGCCAGUCCUUUUCAUUAAUUUAUUUACUUUGUUUUACAGGAAGAUCCCUCUGAUCCUUUUAAUUUGCACGAACUACUUCAGGAGUUGCCAAGGAAACAGAAGGAGGAACUAUGGGAGAAGCUCAAGAUUCUGUUGACAGAGACCCUAGUGGCCCACCCGGUGGAAGAAUGGCAAAAGUUAGAUGAUGACAGUGAUGAUGACAUGGAAGUGGAGUGUCCAUCAGAUGUGGUAACAGAACUAUUACUAUUAUAGUUGCACUGCAACUAUUUGAGCCCUACUUUAUCUGUAUCACAGUGUUCAUUGUGGCUUCCUAUAAUGUUAAUGUAUCACACUUGCCAUAUAAACAAACAAUCAUGAAUAUAAAAACAAAAGAAAUAGAAGAGGAAAAAGGGUGUUGCUGGAAGCAAGCAUACAAACUUCUCAAUGAUAUAAUAUAAAGUUUUGCAUAAAGCAGGCGAAUGCUUGACAUUGUAAAAUCUUUGAUACUGUUUUCCAAACACGUUUUAUAUGAAGUUUUAAUUUUACUGUUUAUUUGAAGUUCAAGAGGUGGACAGGACCAAAAAUUUAAAUAGCCACAAUAUUUUGCUCUUCUUCUGUAUUUUAAAAUCUUACGAACCUUAUAGAUUUGGUGGUGUUAAAUAGUCUACCCUGCACUCUACCAAUCAGACAGCUAGAAACUCUCCAUUUUUUAAUUGCCUUUUUUAAAGGGAAGGGUCUCGUUUAAAAAUGCAUAAUAAACUAAAACAUUUUAAUUUUUUCAAAAAUUACAUAAUUCCCUAAAAUCCUACUCCCAACACUGGGCUAUUUAUGUGCAAACUGAUAUUCUGCACAUGCAGACUCCAAGCACCAUGGCUACUUUAAAUCACUAAAGUAGUUUUGGUGUUAAAGGACCAUUAUAGGCACCCAGACCACUUCAGCUUAAUGAAGUGGUCUGGGUUGCCUGGUCCAGCUAGGUUUAACCCUUUCUUCUAUAAACAUAGCAGUUUCAGAGAAAUAUUAGGGUUAAUCUAGCCUCUAGUGGCUGUCUCAUUGACAGCCGCUAGAGGCACUUCCGCGCUUCUCACUGUGAAAAUCAUAGUGAGAAGACGCCACCGUCCAUAGGAAAGCAUUGUGAAUGCUUUCCUGUGAGACUGGCUGAAUGCACUCGCGACUCUCACCUGGCGCUGGAGAAAGAGGUAAGUUUAAGCCCUUCCUCCCCCUAGAGCCCUACGGGAGGGGAACCCUGAGGAUAGGGCACCCUCAGGGCACUAUAGUGCCAGGAAAAAAAGUGUGUUUUCCUGGCACUAUAGUGGUCCUUUAAGACUGAUCCUUUUGAUUUUGAUUUUUUUUCAUGUAAAAAUAAAUAAUGUUAAUAUACUGUGUUUUUCUUGGUAGAAACACACCCUAUCUAUCCUUUACGGUGUGACAGUUGUUGCAACAACGUCUGUAUCUGUUGUAGAUGAAGAUGUAAGCUAUGGGGCGCUUCUGGAAUGUGCAGCUAUUCUAAAUGGUAUGAUUUAAGGUUUUAUUUUUUAUAGAUGUGUUGAUAUGUUUAGUUUAUGCCUCCUAUACGGCAAUUGUAUUAAAGAGAAACUGUCAUAAAAUGUUAUUAAUAUUUACAGAUUCAUUGUGUUUAUAACUUUAUGCAUACAGGUAAGUACAUUCCCCCUUUUGGUACUUACUCUUAUUGUUAAUGUAAUGGACCCUCAACAUUUCUACUAGACUAGACAUGCUUCUCACUACCGCUCAAACUGGAUGACUUUUAUCAAGUCAGAUGUAUGCUAAAUUCAAUUAUUGAAUCAUCUUUUUGCCGGAAGAAAGGCGUGGGGAUUGCAUUGCUUAUUAAUCGCAAGACUACAGGACCAGACCCUAUGCCCUAAAAUCACGUAAUUCACAAAAUUAUUUGUUGUCCUGGGGAUCGUUUGAUUAGUGUGAUCUGCAUACAGAGCUCUUGCAAAUCUUGAGUAGGUCUUUUUUAUAAGUGUAACCCUAGGGAUCCUCCCAAGCUCGUGUUCCUGUCUGAUAAACAUAUAUCUGUAAAAAGAAAAAAAAAGUAUUUUAAAAACAUUUAUAGAAUCUUGGAAAAUAUUUCUGGUUCAGCUUCUUCCUCUUUGAAUAUUAUUGCAAAUGUGCAGGAACGUUAUUUGAGGUUUUAUUGUAAGCUUAGAAAAUUGGACAGUUAUAUUGAUCCGUUUAUGCAUGGACACAUGUAUCCUAGUACAAGCAGUAAGAACAUGAGUCUGUAGUCUGAUACCAAGUGAAGCACUGCUGUUAUAGACCUGAUUUUAAUAUUAUUAUUAUUAUUAUUAUUAUUAUUAUUAAACUGUGUGUACAUAAUAACUUAGUACACUGCAGGAUGUGUAAGAUAUUUUUCAAAUGUUCUUUUUCACAGAAGUCUUUGUCUUUUUUUUCUCAUUUAAAAAAAAAAAAUAUGUUUUGGUGUAGGUAUAAUACAUGCUGUACCCCAAUCUGAAAAUGUGUGCCUUGCUAUUGAACAUCUUUGCGAAGCUUGGUGGCAGAAAGGGUUAGAGGGUAAAGAAGAAUUUGGGAAAACCGCUUUUCUUUUUCUUCUGAGUAAAUCACUUGAAGAAAAGGGCUUGGUAAGUGUUUUGUUGCAUCUUUUUAUUUUUUAUUCUAAACCCAAACUCAUUGUGCUUAUCCAGUGAUGAAUUUACUGUUGGUAAAGAUGCUUCAAGAUCAGCUUUUUAAAAUGUAUUUUCUCUAGAAUAUUGUUUGAGAUAUAUACUGGCAAAUCUUGCAUCAAUGACUAAAUUUGCAAAAGUCAUGGCUUGUUUAAAUGUGUCAGAUUGAAAAGGUCUCUCAAAGCACCAUAUUCACUACAUUUCAUUGUAGUGAUUAUGGUGCCAAUAGUCUGGACAGUGUUUCCUGAUUUUCUCUCAAACUGUUCAGAUUGGUUUCAGGCUCAUUACAAGCCCGGCGGUCCUGGGGGGACUACAGCUUAAAGGAUCUAUAGUCACCUAAACAACUUUAGCUUACAAACGUUAAUUACAGUGAUUUUUGUAUUGUAAGUAAAAACAUUUGUAAUGGUUUUUUUUUUUUUUUUUUUUUUUAAUACUAUUAGCUUUACAGAUUGCACAUGUUUAUUAUGCUCCUGUGCCAGUUAGUUUUGCUUGAUUUAUGGUAGGUGUUUUGUCAUUUUUGUAAUUUAUUUUUCAAUAUCUUGUUUACAAGGCUGCCAAUAUUGUUCGUUUGUGGAACCUACACCCCUGUCUUCUCAGUUUUGAUUACAACUCUGCGGAGAGCAAUGAAGUGAAGGAAUUACUACUGCUAUGUGCCAGAAGCAUAAAGUUCAUUAAAAAGGAAGAGGUAAUGUACUUUCUGGGCUGCAGGUACCUCUUAGAGCCCAAAUGGGAGCAAUUUUUACUCUCUUACUUCUAGAUAGGAAACCAUUAAUUUUAGCUGCUUAGUGCUUUACCACACAGUGAAUAGUGAUCGCGUGAGAUCUGCAUCCUGCACGGUCAGACACAUAGUUCUGUUGCUUAUUGGAAAAUGUCUCAUGCACACAGGAAAAAUGUUUUCUUCCUCCAUUUAAAUGUUAGGUUGGCCUUUGUGUAGACUUGACGGUGCAUGUGUGCGUUUUUAUCCAAAUUUCAGAAAGGAGCAAGGCUUUAUAUGCAGUUUUUCCUUUUGUUGGAAUGUUUAGUAAUGCCUUAAAAGUGUAGAAGACUUAAUCAUUCCUACAUUUGCUUUUGAUUGCUCCAUGGCAGUCUGUUGCUGUCAUUAAAGGAACACUGUAGGGUCAGGAACACAUGUAUAUAUUCCUGACACUAUAGUAUUAAAACCACCAUCUGUCCCCUUACCUCCCUAAAUAUAGUAAACCCUUACUUGUACUGAAGUGGGAAACUUCUGCCUGUGAACUGCCUCGGACAUCAUCGGAAGUGGUGGUCUGAGCUAAUCACAAUGCCUUCCCAUAGGAUUGGCUGAGACUGUCAAGGAGAUUAGGGGCAGAGCCAGCACAAGUUAAACACAGCCCUGGCCAGUCAGCAUCUCCUCAUAGAGAUGAAUUGAAUCAAUGAAUCUCUAUGAAGAAAGUUCAGUGUCUGCAUGCAGAGGAAGGAGAUACUGAAUGUUUGGAUGCAUUUUAGGCAGCCAUGACCCAGGAAGGAUCUCUAACAGCCAUCUGAGGAGUGGCCAGUGAAGUUAUCACUAGGCUGUAAUGUAAACACUGCAUUUUCUCUGAAAAGACCAUGUUUACUGCAAAAAGCACAAAGGUAAUGAUUCUACUCAAUAAGCUGUAGUUGUUUUGGUGACUAUAAUGUCAUAAUGUUUCAUUGCUCUGACAACAGUAUAGCUGUAAAGCACAAGAAUGUCAGAAUAUAAAUUUGAAUAUGUACAUUAAUAGUAAUUUGGCUAGCAUACUGGGGAUUAAUCACUGAACUGAUUUGAACGCCAAAUUACUAGUUUCUGUUGGAGUACGUUUCUGAAUUGGAUGGGGUUUUUUUUUUUUAUUAUUUUUUUUAUACAUUUUGUGACUCUUGCUUUCAUUUCAAUUAAAAUCAUUUAGGUCAUAAGCCUAUUCACAUUUUAUUUUAUUUUUACAUGGAAUCUUAUUAAUCCUAGCAGGUGUAAUUAAAAAGGUGCUGUCACUUCUGAGAUUUUACUACCACCAAAUCACUGACUAAGUUUGCUAUUGGCUGUUACUCGUUUUUGACCAGAUUUCUUUUUAUGUUCAUUUAAAUGCUGUGCACACCAGGCAAUACAUGCAAAUUUGUUAAACCGUGCAGUGCCAUAUGCACAUUGCAUGCACUUGUUCAGAAUUUCUAUAUGGGUGACUGUGCUUAAGGUAUCAUACUGCAGUUUUGUCCAAGUGACAAUUCUUCUUUAGUUAUUCUCCAAAAGGACUAUAAGGUUAAAUUGCUGCAUACACAAUAAUUGCUUGAAAAGGGACAUAUUAUAAAAAAGAACCACAGAACAGGCAGGAAUAGUAUUACUUUUAUAAAGAGGAAAAAAAUGACUCCCCUGGUUUAAUGACAAAAAAUUAUAUAUAUAUUGUAUAUCUCUAUAUAUAUCUUUUCAUUUGUAAUGUGUUUUGUCUUUUAAAUAGGGCAGGAGAUUUUUAACCUUUCUGUUUAGCUGGGAUGCCAACUUCGUCAAAGUGAUCCAUGCACGUAUUAAAGGUUUUCUGCAAUUUCUCCAAAAGUGAGUUAUUACUAAUUGUCUUGCUGAAAUAUAGGUUAUAGCUGUGUGUGUGUGUGUUCAUUAUAGGACAAACUGCAGCCUUGGAGAAUUUUUUUUCUGAUUUUAGUCAACUAAAUAUGAGAAACCCAUUGCGAUUGAAGAGUUGUGUGGCCAAUUCUGUGUACUUAUGUUUUCCCUCUAGAUUAGAGGCAGUGCACUACAGCUGGGAUAUUCUCUAAUCUGGAGGGAAGGCAGGCAGACACCUACAAAAUAAAAACAUAAAGGGGUCCUCCCUCUAGCUCCUCCUCCAGCUGGUAUAACAAGACAAACAAUCCUGAGAUUCCCAGUUCCUUGCCUGCCUUUGGCAGGUAAGGUGGCAGCACUUUUUGGAGGCAUGGUGAGGCGGCCGCGGAGGGCUCUGCCUCGGGUAUCUGUUUGUGGAGAGAUUCAGUAAGACUACUGCCUAUUCCCCUUGUUUUUUAUUGGUGGCACGCAUGCCGGGUGCCUGCACCCUUCAUAUGCCGCCUUUCUUCUGAACCUGUUACAUUUCUGAGAGUCCGUGUUCCAACAUUGAAAUUGGACCUUUUAUUGAAAUUAAAUGUCUCGGUGAUAUGCCCUGUUGUAGUGUACUUUCAUUUUUUUUCGUGCCCUUUUUAGCUUGAAAAGUUAAACACAUCUAUUAAAUUACUCCAAAACAAAAUGAAUAAAAAUAGACAACUAGUGAAUAGUACACAUUUGUGUCAAGUAACAGCUGUACUGAUGAUCUGUCUGCAUUUUAUUAUAGAUCCUUAAUGAAGAACAUUGCAGAAAUAUAUUUCAGAGCUUGGAAGAAAGCAUCUGGGGAUUUCUUAAAGGUACAUGCAUGUCAACUUUACCUGAGCUUGCAUUAAUAUAAAAGCUACUACAUUUCUAAAGAUAAGUUGCGAGUUGUAGAGAUUUAAAAGUGAUCUUAAAAUUCCAAGUCUUACUGAAAUACUGCGUGUAACUUUUUUUUAUUUUUAAAUAUUAAUGAUAUUUUCUCCUAUUGCUACGUAUACAGUGGCUGCCUGCCCAUCUGUCUAGCGGUGUCUGAGAUGACCUUGCUGCAGUGCCCAGUUUUGAUUUAUAAUUCUAUAUGUUUGUGUGUAAUAAAAAAUUUGUGUUUGUACACUCUGUCUUGCAGUGGUGAGUAACAUUUCAGGAGUGGAUAGUACUAUCGGACUUUUAAGCUGUGAAAACUGGCACUUUGCCUUCAACUUUUAAUACCUUGGUGCUUUCCAGCAUUGGAAAAUGACGUAAAGAAUUGGCACACUCUCACGAUUUUGUGAUCCUGAUCAGAAAUGUAAACUUCACUUUUUGACACUAAAGAAUUAUAAACCUUGAUACAAAGUCUGAGUGUGCCAAGUCAUGUUUUAUAUAAAUGUGUGUUUUUUGUUUUAACAAUCCCAUCCUCUAUGCAGCAAACAUUAAGUACCAAAUUGGAUAGCAGCAAUACAUUCAAAGUCUUUUAUUUGGGUUUUUGACUCAACCUUUUUCUCUCAUUUUUCAGACUAUAGAAAAUGACUGUAUUCAGGAUUUCAUGCAUCACGGUGUUCACCUGCCAAAGAGAUCUCCUGUUUAUUGCAGAGUGCGCGAGGUGUGUUCAGAUCUUAUACUGCUUUGUUUUCCUUUUAAUGUUUAUAAUCUACAAUUGGCAUGUAAAACUGAUGUCUUUAUGGGACUCAUACACUCAAAACAUCAUAUCUUUUUGUUUUAAAGUUUUUUGUUUUGUUUUACGGGACAAAGAUUAUUCCAUUGAAUUAAACAGAUGAGUUAUAAAGCACUUCUGCUGCAAAUCUCAGGGUUUGGGUCCCCUUGAACCACGUGGACAGGUGUGUCCCAGCUUCUGUCUAGCUCAAUUGAAGACCUAGUGCAGGGGUAGGCAACCUUCGGCACUCCAGAUGUUGUGGACUACAUCCCCCAUAAUGCUCUUUCACCAAUAAUGCUGGCAAAGCAUCAUGGGAGGUGUAGUCCAAAACAUCUGGAGUGCUGAAGGUUGCCUAUACCUGACCUAGUGGCUGGUCACUAAAUGACUUUUAAAUAAAGACAUGACAAAUUAAAAAGUAGUUGUUUUUAGUGGUUAAAAGGGUUGUCCUGUUUCGUUUUAUGUUUAUUUCUGUAUACCCAUAUAUAUUUAUUUCAUAUCUUAUGCACUACACAUCCACAUGAAGUCCAUGUUAAUCUGCCUAUUUGUGUUCAUGUAUUGAUGUGCGCUCGAUAGUAAACAUAUGGGCCCUUCAUAAAAUAAUGAGAAGAUUGCUAUGCUUUUGUCCUGUCUAUUCUAUGCCAUUUUGUUUUGCUUCUGUCUAGGUGCUCGCCUACUUUCACCAGAAUAAAUUGCGGCAAGGAGUAGAUGAAAUGCUCUGCAGACUUUACCAGCCAAUUCUAUGGAGAGGUCUAAAGGUAAUGUCUAUGUGUAUGUUUAGCUCCCAAACACAUAUCCCUUUUAGUUUUAGAGGUGUUGCUAUCAUUCUAAUGGUGUUACAUUUUAUUUUGUUUUUUUUGAAUCCACAAUUGAGUUAAAAUAAAAAUGAAAUAAAUCUGUUCUAUGUAUUUAAUUUACUAAAUCCAGUUAGUCACCAGCCGUAAUCUUACUAUAAUCUCUCUUGUGUUACGGAUAUAUUACUUUAGUCGUUUUGUUCUUUUUAAGUCGUUAUAAACAGAGAUCUGACCAAUGCUAAAAAUACAUUAAAUUCCAUCUAUGCAUUGUGCUAGCGAAUUGCCAGCAUUUAGAUUGGAAAAAAAGUUUAACAGCAAGUCCUUCCUCCUCCAGGUAACCAGUUCUUUCGUAUAAGUAAGAAGAAGUGAGUGCCUUAAAUCCUAAUGAAUGAUUAAGUUUUGUUUUGGUGUUUUUGUUUUUUUACUGAAACAUUGCUUUUAUUAGCAGCGUUAAAGUGAAAUGCGAUCUCUUUAGUGGCAACACAGGUAAUGUUUUUCUGUUUCUUUCUAACAGGCCAUAAAUUCAGAAGUCAGGGCAAAUUCUGCAGUGUUGUUCGUAGAAGUAUUUCCAUUUCGUUAUCCCGGCCUAAAUCACGAGGAUAUGGACAAUGAAAUACAGAAACAGUUUGAUGAACUUUUUGUGAGUAAUAACGCAUGCCUGCCAACAUUGAGGGUUAGGGGUGUAAAAGGAUGAGCACACACAACAAAAGGGGGAUUGUAGGCUUGACUUGAGACUGCACAUGUGCAAAGUGCACUUGUAUGGAUUCUACUUUUCGCAACUUGAAAAUGUCUAAUGAUAUCCUUGUGCUCUCUGGUGCCCUUGAUGCAGAAUAUCAGAGAGCAGUGUGGAACAUGACACAGAAAUUAAAAUAAUCCGAAGGAAUCUGGGACUGUUGUUAAGUAUGGUGAUGUAAUAUGUUUUAGGAAAAUAACCUUCUGUUUGCCUCAGUAUUGAUGUAACUGAUCAUUAAUUGGAAGCUUUUAACUUCUCUAUUCUUAUCCUAUAAACUCCAGUUAUAUUUUCUAUAUCCCCCCACACACACUACAGUUCUAAGCCACUCUCAAGGCGAAACGUGGGAACAGACCUUAUGGUGCUUAGCAUGACUUUUUAACAGGAUAUUCUCUCUUAGUCAAAAACUGUAUCUUACACAUAACUACUCACCUUCAAUGUAUUUUUUUUCACUUCAACACAAAAAAUACCCAAAUGCCACAGUACAAAUCCAAUAAAGUGCUACUCUGGUAGAACAAAAAAAACACAUGGUGCAAAUACUGUUUCAAGUGACAGACCGUUAAACGGUAUGUGUUUGUUACGUGUAGUGCCCCUUCUAUCUACAGUAUUACAUUUUGAAGUUGUCUGUUUAUAUAUUUUAGAGCCUUCUAGAGGACCCUCAUCCAAUUGUACGCUCUGCUGGAGUCUUGGGUGUCUGUAAAAUAUCAGCAAAGUAUUGGGAGAUGAUGCCUGUAGCAAUCCUGACAGAUCUCUUGAAAAAAAUACUUUGUGAUUUGGCCUGUGAUACAAGUUCAGCUGAUGUCCGCUGCUCUGUGUUUAAGGUAAGGAGUAUAAAUAAAGUAUGAAAUCAAGAAUGUUAAAGGACCACUAUAGGCACCCAGACCACUUCAGCUCAAUAAAGUGGUCUAGGUGCCAGGUCCCCCUAGUUUUAAUCCUGCAGCUGAAAACAUAGUUUCAGAGAAACUGCUAUGUUUACACUAGGGUUAAUCCAGCCUCUAGUGGCUGUCUCACUGACAGCCACUGGAGGCCGCUUCCGCAAUUCUCGGUGAGUAAAUCACAGUUUUUUUGACACUGGAUGUGCUCACAGAGUCCAGUGUCAAAAAAGAUCCCCAUAGGAAACCAUUAAGUAAUGCUUUCCUAUGGGCAGGUUUGAAUGCGUGCGCGCCUCUAGCUGCGCAUUUGGCUCCACUCGGGAGCUGACGUCGAUGGAGGAGGAGAGGUCACCAGUGCCGAGGGAGCCCAGUGCUGGAUUAAGGUAAGCAAAUAAAUGGUUAACCAUUUAUUCACCGCGUAACGGGGCCCUAGUCACCUAAACAUAUUUGUAUUCCUAACGCUAUAGUGUUCCUUUAAGAAUAUCUACUCCUUCAAUGCCUGGAACACAUCCAAAUACUAAUGAUUAUGGGGAACACUUGAGCCCCUAUUCCCUCAGCAGCAAAUAAUUAUGCAUCUAGAGCAUGUACAUAUGAUAUGAAAUCUUGUUUUGUGUUUUUUUUGUUUUGUUUGUUUUUAUAUAUAUAUAUAUUUUUUUUUUUUCUAUAAUUUUUUUCUUUUUUGUUUUGUUGUGCAGGUAGGUACAAAAUAUCCACAAACGCCACAACAGCGUGAAUCAACAUAUAUAAAAGCUCAGCAGUGGCAAGAGUAAUCGCACAUUUUGAGUAUUCAUAAACAAGAUUCAACCGCUAUUGUAAGCAUGACCUUCAACAGUUAACUGAAAUUAAAUUAUUUAGCUUAUCAGGGCAUAGCACAUUUUAUACUUUCAAGUAAUGUAGUUGCAGGAAUAAGUAGUCCAUGUGUCCGUUACCAGUGAUGGCAGACAAGGUAGCAAUUCUGAAUUACACACUGACGUUUAUAUUAGCUUGUAAGAUCUUCAGUUUAACAAAAAUUAUCAUUAAAGCUAAGUACCACCAGGCAGAACAUCAUAUACCGGACUGUCUCCGUCAAUAGGCAGGGAACUUAAUCCAAAUAUAACUAUAUAUGGUAUAAUAAACAAAAUAUGCAUUCUAAUCAACAAUUGCAGCUACGACAAUAAUUGGUGAGGCUAUCCGUGGCAUACUGCACAGUGUGUUUCUUAACGUUAUAAAGCUGGGGUCACCACCAGCUCCGACAGCGCAUACAGCAAGAGGUAAUGGGAAUGUGACGUGAGUGCAGCCAUGCCAGCAGGCUGCAAGACACUAGUGCUCCUGGGGGAACAAACUAAUUUUGGGCAAAUACCCACCUUAUUGUGCUUGUACCACCCUGGGAGGCCAUGGCAAGAGUCUCUGGAGUGUCCCGGUGCAGCUGGAGCGCCCGACAACGGGUGGUUCUGGGGACUGAGACCUACCCGGGAGGAGAGUGGGGCGGGCGGCCGCUGCCUCGCUUUCCAUCACGACUAAAGCGAACUACCACUUGCCUGACACCUUCAUGGUCCUGUUCCCCAUCCCCCCCUUUGGACCGUUGUGGAUCAUCCCGGUCUCCACCCUUGGCGACAAGCGGUGAUGAGGGAUCACACUGCCCGAGCCGACACAGCGGGAGGUCAUUGAGGGCCUUUGAUCCCCAACGCAACAACCCUGAAGCACAUAUAUAUUUCUUAAUUAAAAUCUAGCUAUAUGUUUAAUGUUUUCCAAAUACUAAUUUAUCAAACCUUACUUUGUGGAUAUUUUAUAAAAGAAUUGCAAAUUCUUGGUCAAGCAGGAAAUGUCACAGCACCUUUACAUUUUUUCAAGUUGGGGAAAACAAAAUCCAUAUUUUUCUUGUCAAUUUUCCUCAAUUUCACCAAAGUAAGUUUAAAUGUGUAUUGUUUAAUGAAUCUGUCCAGCCAACAGUCAACUUACACAUAGGAUGACAAAAAGCAAAGGAGGCUUCUUUAAGGGAAGGUUAUUUUACUUUAGCUUGGAAGAGACCAUUAGAGGUUAUAGACCCUUAUAGAAAACACAACAGAUCACUUCUUUGGAAUAUAAAGUUGUUUGUGUAGUUGCUAGCAAUUCAAUUAGCGCCAUUUAUGUGAAAGCUGUAUAAAAGUGGUACCUUGUCAUGCUUGCUCCAGAUUUUAAUACCAGUGACCACUCCAUAUCUUCAGAGUUGUAUUUUAAUGUAUUUUAUUCCUGUGUUUUAUGUAGAUAAUGAAUUUCUGCACUUAUGAAGCAUUGUGUUCAGAUAACAUGCACUGGUUGCUAUGGCACGUAAUAAUCCUUUAGUUCUGCACUGGCUGUUAAUAGGUACUGCUUAUCUAAUGGUAAUAUCUUCAUUUAUUAUGAACAGUGUUUGCCAAUAAUAUUGGAAAACUCUUUAAGUCACCCAUUACUGGAGAAGUUGUUACCGGCUGUGAGGUUGAGUCUUCAUGAUAAUUCAGAGAAAGUCCGCGUGGCCUUUGUGAACAUGCUGUUGAAAAUCAAAGCUGUUCGAGCUGCUAAGGUAUAGUGAUGUCAGUUUAUUAUUACAUUUAAUUUACUAAAGCCUGGACUCGAGCAUGUAUUGUAUACAACGUCCCUCUGUUCUUUCUUAUUUCUCGGCAUGUUUGUUGCAAUCUCUGAAUAUAUGCCAAAUGUCUAUUAUGAUUUCCUUUUUAGUUCUGGAACAUUUGCCCCAUGGACCACCUUUUGGCUCGCCUCGAAGUAGAUUCACGGCCUGUUUCCCGUCGGAUUGUAAAUCUUCUGUUUAACUCCUUUUUUCCGGUCAAUCAAGAUGAAGAGCUUUGGUGUGAGCGAUGUGUCUCCCUGGUACAAAUGAACCCAGCGGCAUCACGGAAAUUCUAUCAGUACGCCCAUGAACACACCGCAGCUACCAAUAUUGGUAAGCCGUGAAAGCACUAUUUUCAAAGAAAACAGUAAAAAUAUAAGAACGUUUAAUAUACAAGCCUAUAACUGGUCAUUGAUUCUUUCUCUUUCCAGCAAAAUUAAUGCUUACCAUACGGCGGUGUUUAAAUGGAUGUAUUCAGCGUGCUGACCAAGAUGAAGAUGAUGAAGACUGUGGCGAACAAGAGAGUGAAAAGGAGAAUAAGAGUGUAUGUAUUCCCAGUUUGCUAACUUCCUGCUUGCUACAUUUUGCGUCUUUUUUUGUGGGGGGGGUGGGGGGGGUAGGAGGAAUAGGAAAUGGUUGAAUCAGCACUUGAAUAGAAUUGCAACAAAUGGUAAAACAGCAAAUAUUAUUGGUUGCCACGGAAACACAAGUGCAAGAAACUGCUCAGUGUGCACAAAUUAGAGAAACAUAACCAAAAAUGCUUAUUAACGAUCACUGUAAUGAUGGCUAAAAAAGUGAUUGUGUUUACACUUUACUCCAGCAUUUGGAAUUAUGUAACAAACAAUAUAAACCAGUGCAAUUUUACUAUACAAAAGAGUUUCCCGUUGUCUCGGUUACAAGUGUCUCUGCAUGAUGAAUGAAUAGGGGGCUACCCAAGGUACUUGGCACAAAAUCCACACAGAUGCUAUCAAAUGGAUAAUUGGGGAGGCAAUGUCAACUUCUGUAUGCAAUGACCCCAUGGUAGUAAAGAAUGCUUUAACUUCAAAUUGUCUACUUUCAUGCUCCCUCCUUAAUCCUGACACAGGAGAGCAGCAUUGGGAAGAGAGGGAAAAUUCAAUGAACUGUUUUUUGUAUAAACAUUCUCAUUGUGUUUUCAGGUAUUGGACAAUGUUUUAUCCACAGAGGACACUUCGUCUGUUGCCAGCUUGUUGGAAAUUAUUGUAAUUCUGUGGAGGAGCAUUCGAAAAACACUUGACGAUAAUAAAGAAGCCAAAGAAUAUACCAUAACUAAAUUUGCUAAGGUGCUACCUCAAUAUUUUCGGGCUUUUAAGGUAAACCUAUGUAGCAUUAAAAAGGCUUUUAACAAAACUCAACCUUUCAGUCUAAAUGGGGAAAAAAGUUGUCAAUGAAAUACUAGCAAGCCCUUCGGAGAGUGAUGGUUGCCAAGCUUCAGCUGAUAAACUGAUAUAUAAACAAACAUAAAAGUAAAUGUUAUAACAAUAUACAUUGUACACAUAUUAACCAGCAGGCUAACAAAUAACUCGGAGGCAAAAGGUUCUGCGUUAACAUCCCUUCCCCUGGGUUUUAACUACAUUUGUCUUUCUAUUUAUUUAAUAUGGUUUCCAUUUGACCUUGUAUCCCUUAUGGUGUCUUGGGGGUGUGUGUGUGUGUCAGGACAAACAUGAUGGUCAAAUCAUUUGCUGAUCUCUCUGUCUCCUAAAUUCAACCCCACCUGCAGACUUUGUAUCUGUUCUAUACAUGCUAAUGAUGCGGACUUUGUAUCUGUUCUAUACAUGCUAAUGAUGCGGACUUUCUUUUGAUUUUAGGAUGAGCGAUGUGUUGCUCCAUUGGUUAUAAUGGCUUCCUUUAUGCCUGCAGAAGCUGUCCCAACAUUCAGGUAUCUACCUUUUUAUUUUUUCCUCUCUCUCUUCUGGAUUAGAGAAGCAAAUCUUAUUCACUUGGCUUUUCUAGCUUUUUAGCUCAGAGUUUCACAUAGAUAUUUAUGAUAUUUUAUCUUCUCCCCAUUCAUUCAGAAAGAGCAGUCUGUCAGAAAGUUCCUAUGUACAUGAAUCCUUAAAAAUGUACAUUGAAAUAGUCCUUUAAUUUCUCUUUUGUUAUUUUUAAACAUCACAUUAUGUGCCACCUCACGGUUUAUGACUUAAUGCUUGCAUAAAAUGGGGUAAUAUUUAUCCAAGUGAAGACCAUUUGUAUCAACACCCGAGCUUCUUGUAUACAGGGUUCUGGAUAAAGUUUGCUGCUUUGUACAAAGUUGCCUAUCCCUAUAUAUGAUGGACUGUUGUAAUACAAUCCUUUCAGCCUGACUGUGUUGAAAAGUAACAAGGUUCUCUAAGCCUGUGAAUGCAAUAGUUACUCGAAAGAGAAACUGUGCUAAAAUACAUGUUUUAUGUUAAUACAUUACUUUCCAAAGUUGUAAUAGCCAUAGCCCCCUUAGUACAUAACAUAUCGUGGGGGAGUUGUUGUCCUGGUUAAUUGUCCUUCUUUGCUAGUGAGCUGCUUUAUUCUUUUGAGUAUUCUACUGACCACAAUUGGUCAUUCUAUGUGGAACAAUGACAGUAGCCUGAUACGCACUGCUUCUGUUCAUUAGAGACCAGAUGAAGGGAAUAAACUCAAAAUAUAGUUUACUUACUCAUGGCUAAUCUUACAAAGUAGCAAAUAGUGAUAUAUGCUACUUUAUAUAUCAGGUUAUUUUUUCCUCAUGUUUCACCUUAACAUUUCUAUAUGUGUAAUCAUGAGUUUAGGGGAGUUUCUUUUUCUUUUCUUUUUUCAACUACACUACUAGACUUCAACUGUAUUAAAACAAAGUUUCUCCUCUUUUAGCCAUUCUGUUCUGUCAAAAUUGAGAAAGCUGGAGUGUGGUGUGGAUGAAAAGAGAUUUUCCUCUCUUAUUGACUGCCUGUGCCGCUGGAACCGAGUUUGUGAUGUACUGGAACUGAUAACUGAAUGGCUUUCGGAGUCAUUACCAGAAAAAAAGGUGACCCUUCUACUUCCACCCCAUUAUUAUCAUGGUCCCAUUAAAAUGUCCUACAAAUAAUUAGUACCAUUACUCUUUUGUUUGUUCCUCUUCAGAGUAGAAAGGAUUCUGGACGUCAAGUGCGUAUCCUAGAAACCAGCGAGCCUAAGCCGACACUGGCCCUUGAUUAUCUUGAGUAUAUUGUGAAGAACUCAGUGAAUCGUGAAUACCUCUUAUCUCUUCAAAAAACUAAACUGAGUCAGCUUUUAAAAGUCUUGGGACUUGUCAAAGUACGUUUUUCUGAAGCAGAGUUAUUCACUAAUCUAUUUUCAUUACUAGUAACAGACUUGUAGCCUGUUGCUCUCUGAUUUUAUUUAUUUUUUAUUAAUAAAUGGUUUUAUUUUAUUUUUUAGGAAUCCCAUUUUGACUUUGAUUUUAUUUAAAACGUGGCAGAAUGAUUGGCUGUUGAUGCACUGCUUCAUCUUUUCUGCAUUUUAUAUUAUGCUACUCUGCUGACAUGGAAGGUUAUGAAACCUUUAGAUGAGAUGUCUAAACACUCAAAUUCUCUACAUUCUCAAUUGGCCAAACCAUACCCCUAGGCUGUUGUACCUUUUGUCCACAGGGUUCAGUGCAGUGUUCUGAAGAACAUUUAAGGGCACUGAAAUUAAUAGGUUUGCAUAUCAGUUUUUAAGAAGUCCUCUUAUGCAGGGAUGAAAUGAAGUUGUGAAACAUAUGUACACUACUCCCAGUUUCAUGUAUAUCAAAUGAGCUAAAAAGAUGCGUUCUUUACUCACUCUUAUUCUGUAUCUUUUAGGAAGUGCUAUGUUCAUUUGUGAAGCCAUCUCAAACAGUAACACACAAAAUUGAUGAAGCUGCAGCUCUGAGGAUCUUCAGCCUAUACUGUAGACUUAGUGUUCAUCUCCAACACAAGGUAAACCAAUAGAAUUGUGUACUAUGUUCCCUUAGUAUGUUUUAUAUAACAUUCCAGAUAGACCUCUUAAAAAAAAAAAAUAUAAAGUCACUAGAAUAAUGUGACUUUAUGGUUAAACCUGCUGCUUUGAUGCCCCACGCAAGUUCAACAAAAUGUUCUAUAAACCUCGUUCCCAAAAUUUUAUUUUAUGGUACAGUUUAUGUAAAAAUAGGUAUGUUGAUGAUUUAAUAUUCAUAUGUUGGGUUACAUAUAUACAUGUUGUGAUAAAGUGAAGGCAGAUAGGCCUUUUAACCCCAGGGGGAGUAUGUGUAGGAUGUGUUGUAGGCAACACAAAACACUGUUUAGUUAUGGGCCCCUGGGGUGGAGCAUUUGGAGAGAAGGGUGGGCCAAUGCUCCACUCCACAGUUUAGUGGUUUUCUGGGGAGACAUAGAUAUAGGCCAGGGUUUUUUGGACCGUCUCCAACCCACUGCUCAGGUGCAGUUAAUGAGCUAUUGCAGUGGUAAUAAGCCCCUCCCUGCUAGGCAGGUAAAGGAGAGGGAUUGCUGGCUUCCUCCCAGGAAGCAGGUAGGAGAGAGAGGCUGUUCUCUCCAGAUAGUCAAGGAGACUAGGCACUUGGAGUGCAGAAAGGAAGCAGUCAGGGCAAGACUGGCUUGGAGCACUGGAAGUGCAGAAAGGAAAGCAGUCAGGGCAAGACUGGCUUGGAGCACUGGGAGUGCAGAAAGGAAAGCAGUCAGGGCAAGGCUGGCUUGGAGCACUGGGAGUGCAGAAAGCAAAGCAGUCAGGGCAAGGCUGGCUUGGAGCACUGGGAGUGCAGAAAGGAAAGCAACAGGUUAGAUAGCAGAGCGUUGCUCUCUAAUAAGGUUGGUGCAAUAUUGUGUUUAGUUUAACCCUGAGAGAUAGGGAACUAAUGUCAGUUAGUGCUCAGACGAGCUAGGUGUUUGUUUAUAGGGUUUUCUGUUACUUUUGUUUUUCAUUUACUGCUGUAUCCUGUGUGGAUUUACAAAUAAAGUGCCUGAGUAUAUGCAAUUACAAGGACUGUGCAUGUUUUUACCCUAGAGGGCCGUGCUACCUGCCGACAAGGAUCACAAUGUCCAUAAGUUCAGCCAUAUUGGCCAUUGGUCUCAUGCUUGAAAUGUCUAUGCAACUCCCUUAGAAAGCACUGAGAAGGGUCUGACAACCCUUUGGUUGUCAAAGGGAACCUAUAGUCAUGAAAAAAACAAUUUUUAUGGGACUAUAGGUUCCCUAUCGAUGUGAGCACUGUCCAUUACCCUUUUGUUAGUACAAAUGUAAAGUUCAGUAAGGUUUACUGACCUUGUUCUCAGCCUUGAGGCUAGUCUGAUUCCGAAGAUGUCCGCCUGCCUGUGGACAUCUUCUUUCAUCUUGACCAGCCCAAUGCUUCUCCUAGAGAGAAGCAUUGGAUUGGAGAUACGUAUGCAUGGCCAAUCUCCACACUCGUCCAAUAAAAUGCUGCUAUGAUCAGUAUUUGAUUGCAGGACCAAGUUUAACUCUUUUCUAGAGAAGGAAGCGCCUGUAGUGACUGUCUUCCACAAAACUGCACUCAGACCAAUUCAUUGCUAUUAUGUGGCCUGGGUGACUUAGUGGCCCAUAAAUGUUUGGAACUGGAGCUUACACAGAUUUUACCCCCACAUGGUUCAGAGCUAUGUGUUACUGAGCAAGACAUACCCUUUAAACCAAUUAUCCCUUAAAUUACAUAUACUUUAAAAAAAAAAUAAAAAAUUCUUUACACUGUUCAUUUUGCUGGAUGUUUGCAUGAAAACAGAGAAUUUGGUUACUGAUAGUCUAAACUUGUCAUGUCUUCGUUUUCAGCUCCUUGAGUAGUUUUCCCCAAUAACAUUCUCUAUCUUCUCUAAAAUGGAAAAUAAAUUCAUACCUACACUCUUAGUAUUUUCAAUACUGAUGCAUUUAGUCUGAUAUGAUAUUGGACUAUGACAAGAUAGUGUUUUUCUUGAUCAAUCUGUUUACCAACAGUUUAACGCUGAAGGAAGAACAUAUCUGUCUGUCCUGGAAGAUACCGGAGAAUGGAUCCACACCAAUAUUCUCACAAACCUUGAAAGUUAUCCGAAUGCUUCAGAAGAGGAAAUCCGUAUUUCCCAGGAAGUACUUAAGGUUCGAAAUUAUAGUAAAAGUGUAAAUAAUUUCAUUUUUCACCAUGCUCCAGUGAUUUUUAUUUUUCUUAUGUUUGUUUUUGGUUUUUUUUUUUGCUUUGUGUACUCUGACUUUUUGAGUGCUAUAGACAUAAGUUUAAAUAGUGAUACUUAAUACAUAUGUUUUAUUUCCUGUCAUUAGGUUUAUCUGACUGUUUGUAAAGAUGUAUUAAUGGUCGGCCUUGGGGAUUCAGAGUUUCAAGCACAACUUCUAGAAAUAAUAAUUUUAAUGUUACAAACAGGUAUGUAUUCAUCCUUUCAUAAUACAUCAAAACUGCACCGUACUCUGUCCUUAAUAGUAUACAUAAAGAAACUUAUUUUUAGAACUAAAUUUCCUACAUUCCCUGCUUUCAAAGGAUCUUCCGAAUUAAGCACUCAAACCCUGCCACACUGCAUAGCAUCACAGCUAAUAACUAUGAGAUGUGGUAAAGUUAGUGUCACUCUAAUGACUGACUUCUCUUCCAAAAGCCCCAAUUAUACCUUAAAUCUAACUUUAAUUGACGAUAAUGAUGUUUUCCCUAUGAAAAAAUCACUGUUUGUAGUGCUGAAACCUCUUGCAUGUGGUCUAGACCAGUGUUCCCCAACUCAGUCCUCGUGGACCACUAACAGUGCAGGAUUUAUGUAUUUCCCUGUUUUAUUCCAAUGGAGAUACUGACAACCUGAACUGUUGGUGGUCCAUGAGGACUGGGUUGGGGAACACUGGUCUAGAUCAAUGUGUGUCAGAGCUCUUGUUUCAUGAUCUGGAUUGGGGUAAGAGGUUGCAGCUGAAAACUUUGCAAAAUUGCCGUUGUUUGUUCAUCCAAAUCAAAUUCCUUUUAAUCCACACCGAAUGUUAUUUGUUCUGGAUUUACCCGUGUCAUCUUAUUAAAUGAACAAUUCAUUUGGCUGUGGAUUAAAAGGAAUGUGAUGUGGAUUACUGACUGAAGCUAAUUUAUGCCAAAGUCUAGUACAUAUUACACUUGCCAAAUAAUGGGAACUGUGGCAAGAGUAAGCGAGAAAAGUUAGCAAAACGGAGGAGGAUUCACAUUUUUUAUUUAAAAACUUAGUUUUUACACCUAUGGAUACCUGACUGCAGUGUUUAAAGGACCACUCCUGCCACUGCAUUGCAAUAAAUGUAUGGUGUGAGGCGGUCCAAAGCUCCAUCUCACUUUACGGUGUUAAACCGUUAACAAAUGGUUUAACCCCAAAGUCUGGAACACCGCACCUAAUCACUCUGCUCCUUCACUUCCUCUAAAGGUUUGAGUCAAAAUUAGGAAGCCUUGGACCAUGUGCCUGGACCAUGUGCCUCUUAUAGGCUGAGUGCAUCAGCUGAUACUCUCAGCCUAUCAGGAGCUCCCCAUUUAGAGAAGCGGGUGGAAAGAGUUGCCUGUAUGUGAAUGUGGAGCUGCUGAUAGGCUGAGCACAAUCGCUAGGUAAUAUGGUACGGUACUCUACAUAAGCAUGCCAGUACGUAAUUUUGUUUGGGUAAAAUGUGUGAUUAGACCUAAAAUUUACACUGUGGUUGUCUGGAGUGUAAUCUAAUGCCAGUUAGGUUUAUUAUGCUACAGAAAUUGGAAUUAAACUUGGUGUAGCUAUAGUAAUAUAAUGAAAAGGAGUUGAGGGCUGCGCUUAGCAAAGAAUGGACAAAAGAAAGUAAAAAUAAAUGAAGGUAAAAAACAAUAAGUUCAUCCACAUAUAAGAAAAGUAUAAGUUAAAACAAUCUCACUGAUGUGCAGUAAUAUAAUAUAAGUCCUCAAAUGACACUCCGUCCUUAUGGUAGGUGGUCCAUAUAUGUGAAGACAAAAAUGAGAGAAGAAAGGCUUCCAAUGGUGAAAUAUUGUAUGUCCAAAGAGUAAUAUAUAUUCAAAGGAAAAGGUAUUUCACUCACAUUUGUUGGAGCUUUAUCCAGCUCUCGGAGAGAAGGCACUUAGUGGUUUGAUCCCCACUAUCGGAUAUACUGAACAGUUGGUCUGUCCGUCCGGUUUGAAGUUUCUUUGGUGUAGGCUAGGACCUACUCAGAUGUGCAAUAUUCGUUAUGCUGGGGAGAUAGGUCCGCCUUUCCAGUAUUGGAUGGUAGGUGUCCACGAGAUAUAUAAAACAGCAGAUAGUGCUCUCAGUAUGAACAACACAAUAAUAUGUAUAAAUCAGUUAUACUUACAAAAAUAGAGCAGACAGAUACUGCUCUAUUCCCACAUCGCUGGUGGAAUUAUCCCCACCUCAGGAUUUCUUUAGACGGGAUGCACUUCAGCGGUGGAUAAUAAAAUAAAAUAAUACAGUGAAAGUAUAAAAUAAAAUUAAAAAUAAAAAUAAAGCGAUGGAGUAAUUUAAAAUAAUUAUAUAUAGUAAAAAUAUGCCAGGAGUAAAAAAUAAAUAAAUAAAAGAGUAUAUAGUACAAUAAAAUAAGUAAAAAACUGGUCCUAUAUUGAAAGGUAACCAAAAAUAACUUUUAUUGACUAAAAUACACUUAUAAUAACCAUUUACGCGUUUCACCUUUAAGGUUUUUUUCAAAAUGGUAAAAGAACAGUACACCUGGCAAAAGGUUGAAUAUAUAGGUUCACAAGGGUUUGAAAAUGGCGCCAAAAUUUGAUGCACCAAUCACAAUGGAAAUUACAAUCAAUAUUUAAAAUACAUUUCAAAAUAACUUUUAAACAUAAUAGAUGCAUUAAUAUAAGCUUAAUUAGGCUUAAAAUAUAUACAUAUAAUAAAAACGAAGCUUUAGGACGAUAUAAUUUGUUGUUGGUUCCGAUCACGUGAUCGGGACGCUGCGCGCAUGCGCAGAUCGUUUUUUCGGCAAAACACUUCCUGGUGUGAACGGAGUGCUCGGUGGCCGGCUGGUAAUGCAAAGUAUGUUGGGAAAUGAAGUCCAGCCGGUCACUGGGCACCCCUACAUGCUAUUAUACACCAGGAGUGAAGUAAUUAUUAUAACAUAAGACCCCAAUAUGUUAUAAAUACAUUUUUAAAUGUAACCUCCACAGACUUUGUAUUUAUAUAAAAGACACAGAACAUACAAUAGAUGCAAUAGAUGCAGAACAUAAUAUGAAAUCAUAAUAAUAAUAUAAACAUGAUUUAAAAGCACUUUGCUGCAAAAAAAUAUAAUAAUAAAAAAAAAAAAAUAGCAUCAGAGUAAUUAAAGAUAUAUACUUUAAAAAUUAGGGUAUGACAUAAAUUAAGGUAAAACAUGAUGGUAAAACAAGGUGGGUAUGAAAUAUAAUUAAAAGACUUUCUAUAAAAAAUUAUGCAGAUCAAAAUCUGCAUUAAGUCCGUUGGGUAUUAGGGUCUGUAGCUUAUAGACCCAUUCCAUCUCUGUUUUACCUAAAAUAUUUUUUAUAUCUCCUCCUCUCCAGGGUAGAGAACAUUUUUUAAUUCCCAUAUAUUUUAACAUUUUGGGGUCUUUAUUGUGAAUUAAGAAAUGUUUAGAUAGAGAGUGAUUUAAAAAACCAUUCUUAAUAUUCCUACAAUGCUCACCUAAUCUUAUUUUUAAACAUCUAGUGGUCAUUCCGACGUACUGGAAGCCACACGGGCAUUCCAGUAAGUAAAUGACAUUUUUAGUGUUACAUGUAAUGAAUUCCUUUAUUUUAAAGGAGGUUUUGGUUUUAUUUGAAAUAAAUUGUAUUAUUUUAGGUGGCAUUGUAGGAUCGGCUGUUUUGCAUGCAAUACAAUUCUUACAUUUAUAAAAACCUGAAGAUUGGGGGAAGAAAGACACACUUGGUUUAGGUUUUUUAGUAAAAUUGGUAGUUAGAAUGGAUUUCACAUUGGGGGCCCCUCUAAAAAUUAUACUCGGUUUUUUUGGAAUGAUUUUGGAGAGUUUUUCAUCAUGUUCUAGGAUAUGCCAGUGUUUAUGAAUGGUCUUCCUUAUUUCUUUACUUUUAUUGGUAUAGUUAAAAAUGAUGGGGAGAGAUAUAGAGUCAUUUUAACCAAAAAUUAAAAAUGACUCUAUAUCUCUCCCCAUCAUUUUUAACUAUACCAAUAAAAGUAAAGAAAUAAGGAAGACCAUUCAUAAACACUGGCAUAUCCUAGAACAUGAUGAAAAACUCUCCAAAAUCAUUCCAAAAAAACCGAGUAUAAUUUUUAGAGGGGCCCCCAAUGUGAAAUCCAUUCUAACUACCAACUUUACUAAAAAACCUAAACCAAGUGUGUCUUUCUUCCCCCAAUCUUCAGGUUUUUAUAAAUGUAAGAAUUGUAUUGCAUGCAAAACAGCCGAUCCUACAAUGCCACCUAAAAUAAUACAAUUUAUUUCAAAUAAAACCAAAACCUCCUUUAAAAUAAAGGAAUUCAUUACAUGUAACACUAAAAAUGUCAUUUACUUACUGGAAUGCCCGUGUGGCUUCCAGUACGUCGGAAUGACCACUAGAUGUUUAAAAAUAAGAUUAGGUGAGCAUUGUAGGAAUAUUAAGAAUGGUUUUUUAAAUCACUCUCUAUCUAAACAUUUCUUAAUUCACAAUAAAGACCCCAAAAUGUUAAAAUAUAUGGGAAUUAAAAAAUGUUCUCUACCCUGGAGAGGAGGAGAUAUAAAAAAUAUUUUAGGUAAAACAGAGAUGGAAUGGGUCUAUAAGCUACAGACCCUAAUACCCAACGGACUUAAUGCAGAUUUUGAUCUGCAUAAUUUUUUAUAGAAAGUCUUUUAAUUAUAUUUCAUACCCACCUUGUUUUACCAUCAUGUUUUACCUUAAUUUAUGUCAUACCCUAAUUUUUAAAGUAUAUAUCUUUAAUUACUCUGAUGCUAUUUUUUUUUUUUUAUUAUUAUAUUUUUUUGCAGCAAAGUGCUUUUAAAUCAUGUUUAUAUUAUUAUUAUGAUUUCAUAUUAUGUUCUGCAUCUAUUGCAUCUAUUGUAUGUUCUGUGUCUUUUAUAUAAAUACAAAGUCUGUGGAGGUUACAUUUAAAAAUGUAUUUAUAACAUAUUGGGGUCUUAUGUUAUAAUAAUUACUUCACUCCUGGUGUAUAAUAGCAUGUAGGGGUGCCCAGUGACCGGCUGGACUUCAUUUCCCAACAUACUUUGCAUUACCAGCCGGCCACCGAGCACUCCGUUCACACCAGGAAGUGUUUUGCCGAAAAAACGAUCUGCGCAUGCGCGCAGCGUCCCGAUCACGUGAUCGGAACCAACAACAAAUUAUAUCGUCCUAAAGCUUCAUUUAUUUUUACUUUCUUUUGUCCAUUCUUUGCUAAGCGCAGCCCUCAACUCCUUUUUUUUUUUUUGUAUCUUUUUGCCUUAUAAGGGUUCUGUGAGGGAUUCCCUUUCAGGGUUGCUGCUCAAUUGAGUCAGCGCAGACUCUUCCCCUCUAUUUUUAUAGUAAUAUAAUGGUUUCCUUUUAUUUUAGACAAGUUCCCCGAUUGCUUGCCGGUGCAGCUCUCCCUGAUCAAAGAAACUACUGAAGUGUGUCUGGCUCAAAUGAUGAGCGAAAAGAAUGAGGACGUUAACCAAAUCCUGGACGCAGUGCAGAAAGUGUUCCAUAAAGUGUUGGAGACUAUAGCUCGCAGACUUAAGAAACAGCAAGAGGAAAUUCUCCAGGUAGCCAAGUACUAAGGAUAAGACACACUCAGUGGUCACACUUAUAGAUACUCCUGUCUAGUACUGGCUUGCAGUAGUUUUUGUCUCUCAGACUUAUUUAUAGGCACUAGCUGCUUGUAAGCAUUUGCAGACACAUGGAGUAAUCUGAAAUCACUGUCUGAGAUGGUGCCUGCUUUGAGAUAUGGCACGUUAAAUGGCAAUUUAAGUUUUUUUUUUUUGUAAGCCUGAGGCAAGGUGAAAUAAUAUUGCUAGAUACACUUUGCAUUCAAAUGAUACUUUUAUGUCAAAGGAAAACUUUAGACAAGUGGUUCCCAAACCAGUCCUAAAGGCACCCCAACCAGUCCAGGAUUUAGGAAUCACCCAGUUGUGUCUAUGGUGCUUUUAGAAAGAAAAAAACACCUUACACACAACUUGGUAAUCCCUAAAUCCUGACUGGUCGGGGUGCCUUGAGGACUGGUCUGGGAACCACUGCUUUAGACAUCUUCACUACGCUCAUCAUAAACAAUUUCAUUUAUUAACCUCUUAAAGACAUAGCUUCAGUGUGUGUCACCUCAAACUUACCUUUCUGCUAUUGUUUCCACUCCCAGAAUCUGUUCGUUUGUUCAUUUCUGAUCUAUUUCUCUUUACAAUAUAAGUCAAAGUAGGGACUAUUGGUGUAUUUUUCCUACACUUGCCAAUCUUGACAAAGGGCGAAGCGUAAGAUUAUUCUAAUUUUUCUCUCUGUUUACAUUUUUAAUUUGUAGCUGAUUCAGUCUAUUCAAGCUCCUCUUGGUGAAUUCAUAAACUGUGUUCAGUGCUGGCACAUGGCUUGUCCAGAGCUUCAUAGCGGGAUCAUCUCCACCAUUAUGGCUGCAGUUGUUGUUGAAAUAAGUCAUUGUUUGCGCAAGGUAAGUUGCUUUUGUCCUUCCUCCACAAUCUGUAGUUUAAUGGUUAGAACUGGUCACAGUUAUUAACGUAAAUCGUUAUUAGUUUUAAACUAGAAACAUGUUAUUGUAUGCAUCUGGAUGUUUCCACAGUGUGCUGUGAUUUUGCUAAUCCAAUAUGUGGCUUAUUGCUAUUACUGACCUGGGGCAGACCUUCAGGAACAUGUUUCUGGAUUGACAAGCACCCUUAAAGGGACACACUAAACACCUAAAGCACUUUAACUUGCUGUGAAGAAUGUAUUUUUGUAAAAGGGGGGGCAAUUGCUCAGAACACGUGCCUGUGAUUAGACAAUCCUACAUUCUGGGCUGGGUUAGAAGGGGGAAGGCUUUCAAAGGCUGCAGCACUGCAACGCAGCUUUUUCCAGCUGUUUUUAGAUCUACCCCCAAUAAAAAGGCAGCAAUGAAUGCAUUCAUUGGGGAUAUAUCUACUAAAAUGCAAAAAAAAAUUAAAAAUCAGUUGUCGUGUUCUAUUUUAAUAAGAUUGUUUUUGUUUCAGGUCACAGAUCUAAGUGAGCUUACUGCACCCGAUACCAUUUCAGACCUUCCUCCUCUGUCAAGGUGUUUAAUGUCUGUUAUGGUUAAAUCCCACAGACUUUUAAAGUAAGUCUUUACCAGUUAUAACCAUACUAAUGAUUUGUCUGCCAUAUGAAUCCCAUAUUAAUCUUGCUGAAUCGGGCAUAUCCUCCACCAUUUAAAUCGUCAUACUACUGCUUGUUCAUGUAACACAAAUGUGUAUGUGUCCUUGUUUAUUGGAUACAGAUGUUCUCACAAUAUAUUUACUAAAGUGAGGAUUUUAGGGAAUUCUAAAUAUCUAUUCUUAGACCAAAAUAGGCAAACGGGAAGUCGUUAUGGCCUUAAAUCUGGAAUUCCUGGCAAUUUCCACUUUAGUAAAUAACUCUAAAAGUUAAUAUGUAGAGAAACACCAUAUAAUGAUUUGGAGCUAAAUUUGGUGUAUGUUGAAGUCUGCUUCUCUAUUAACUUUUGUUUUCAGAAGAAUUUGCCAAAAUAAUACAAUCUCCUGUUGAGCUAGACAUAAUUUUGAAUGGUUUAGGAUUACAGUAAUUAACGUGUACCUACUGAUGGUGAGGCACGUAUUGGCUUGCUCUGGUUUUACAAAUACCAUUUUACGUUUUUUCUUUUCUCUAGUUCAUUUUUAGCAGCAUUAACAGAUUGCGUUAUAUCAGAGGAAGUUGAAGGAGUUUUAGGCUUGUCUGCCUCAUUAUACAUUGCUUUUGUAAGCCGAAAAGGUAAGACAAUUAGUUUCUGUUUAUAUCGUUUUUUUGAUUGGUAGUGUAGUCUUUAAUCGUGUGUAGAUAAAUUGUGCAAUACUAUGGUUGGAUAUUAGAAACAAUCUUACAAAGGUCAGGAAUGGACUGUACAAGGAGUGGAAUAUAGAAAUCUAUGUAAAGGUGUCUGGAUGAUGGAUUCAAAUUGAUGGUUUGUCUACAACGAUGCACAUGCUGCUGGUAUCUGGAAUCCAGCUGUCCUGUAAUAACUGCUGCCAACCAUUCCAGAUGUUUAACUAAAUUUCUCAGGAAGCACAGCCAGCAUCAUGAAGACUGAUUGAUUGAACAUCAAGAAGAAAAUUCACAAACCUCUGGUUUUCCUAGGUGACCCUCAUUGUACCAUGAGACUAUUUACUGGUGAUCCAGGCAGAUCUCAGCCUUUUGGGCAUUUCUCUUCUUGAAUUCUCCAUUAAUUUCUCUGUGAACACUGUAAAACACGUUUGCAUUUAAGUGGAUAUAUGUGAUAGCCUUGCUCGUUUAUGCCGAUAUAUAACAAGUAAAAUCCUGCAGUGGUUUUUACUGGACACACAUUCCCUCUGAUAAUCCAGUGACUGCCUUGUUUGCUUCAUAAACCAAAAUGGAAUAUUCAACAGUGUCAUCCCCGCGUGAUCCAUAUCCCCAUUUCACAAUUUAAUACUGAUAAUUUGACUAAAAAAAUAAAUAAAAUCUAGCUUAUAGUGCUUUAGUUACACAAACUGCUUCCAGAUUAAGUUCCCUGUGUCUAUUUACAUUAAAUAACUUAUGUCCAUGUUAAAUACUUUAAAGGGACAGUCUAUAAAUGUAAUAUAAUUAUAGUAUUCUAGAUAACGCAUUUAAAAAUGGUUUGCUUGGAGGCUCUCUCUUCUCUCCAACUCUGCCCCGAUCUAUCCGUCAAGUGUCUGAUUUUUUAUUUUAUUUAUUUUUUUGCAUAAAGUCAUGGUACAGAUAUCACUGUUUUGUAUACAUAGAAUAUUGAGAAGUAACAAUUAUCUGUAUGCGUCAAAUACAUAGAAAACAAGAAUUUGUUGAUAACAAUUGUCUGUAUGGUUUGUGAAACAAGAUGUGUUUAGUAAAUACAAAAACAAAGAACAACGAUAACCCUGGUAGAAUGGUAUGGAGUGUAUGUUGGAAGUUUUCCCCUUCUGUUAGCUUGCCCAAGGAUGCGUGUAGGAUCCCCCCUCGUGGGGAUUGCUGAAGGUAUGUGCACCACCACGACCAGAUAGAUGUGUAAGAGUGGUAUCUGUCUGAGAGGGAGUAGCAAAUUUCCUCCAUAUUCCUAGUGGUUUCCACUCUUUGGAUCCAAUCUCUUAUGGGCGGCGGGUUUGAUUUUUUUUUUUUUUUCUUUCCAGUAUAUAGGGAUCAAUUGGUUUGCCGCUGUUAUCAAAUGUAGGAGUAGUUGAGUUUUUUCUUUGGGAAAGUUUGGUGGUGGGAGAAGGAAGAUGAAAGAAUCUGGGGUUGGGGGUCAGUUUUUCCCCCAGUAUCGUCUGUAUGAGGCUAGAAAUGCGCCUCCAAUAGGUUUGUUUUUCUGGGCAGGACCACCAGAUGUGAUGCUAUGCCUGAGGGUUGAUGGCAUCUCCAACAUUGAUCAGAGGAUUGGGGGAAUAUGGUUCUUAGUCUCGCUGGUGUACACAACCAUCUAACUAUUCUUUUAUAGUUACUCUCUUGGGUCUCUGUGUUUCUAGAUGUUUUGUGAAUAUUUUUAAAGAUUUUGCGCCACCUAUCAGGUGGUAUGGUAAUAUUGAGCUCCAAUUCCCAUGCAGAAGUGAAGGCCUGAGGGUGUUUGGGCUGUAUGGAGAGUGUACAUGACAGAUAAGCUUCUUUUUUAAUAUGUGCCCUCUGUCGCCUUUGCUAUUUGUACUGGUCCAGGAACCAUUCUUACAGGGGAUCAGAGAGAUGCACAUACAUGGGAUCCAAGUAGGAAACACAAUCCACAAGAUAGCCGCAUUUGCAGAUGAUAUGCUCUUCGCAAUCUCACAUCCCUCCAUAUUUUUUUUCCCACAUAUCAUGAGGGAAAUGACAUUAUACAGUAAACUUUCUUUCAGGCAAACUUAAGCAAAUGUGAAAUCAUCCCGAUCACACUUCCCUCACAAACUGCAGAACAACUACAACAGGAUUAUCCAUUUACCUAGGGGUACACAUACCAAAUGACAUCUCUCAGAUCUCAACUUCCCCAAACUGAUCCAAACAAUAACUACGGACCUUAAGUCUUGGAACAUGCCCCAUUUUGGAUGGUUUUACCGAAUAAGCAUUCUAAAAAUGAAUGUGCUACCCCGCAUCCUUUAUUUACUGCAAGUCCUACCCAUCUACCUGUCCAAACACUUUUUCAAUAUCCUCCACAAGUUAUUCACCACCUACAUAUGGGCCAAUAAGAAACACCGAUUAUCCUUUUCACUUCUUAACCCCUUAAGGACACGUGACAUGUCAUGAUUCCCUUUUAUUCCAGAAGUUUUGUCCUUAAGGGGUUAAACGACCAAAAGAUGAGGGGGGGCUGGGCCUCCCGGAUGUGGAAUUAUACCACAAAGCAACUCUGCUCACUAGAGUAUACAAUGGUGCAACCCACACUCAGAUAAGUAAUGGGUGAAACUGGAAGCCGCCUAUAUCAGAACACAGAUCUACACAAUCCCAUGGCACAAGGUAGGAUCUUUCCUACUACACCAUGGCACACAUCCUACCAUCACCCCCACGAUCAGACUAUGGGCGCACAUACGCUCACAUCAGGACAUAUCCCCCAAUCCCUCACCUCUGUAUCCAAUCACUCACAACCCCUUGUUCCCUCCUGGAGCAGAUAGGAAAAUAGAUAAGCAAUAUCAUAAUUCACAGUACUUGUCAGUGGAGGCAGUAAUUGAGGGAAUUAAAUCAAACCUUUACACACAUUGUUACCGGAGACUGAUCUCACAGCAAUGCAAAUGUUUUCAUACAUUCAAAUGGUACACUUUUUAAAGAAAGGACACUUGGCUCAGAGGGCACUCCGAGAAAUAACACCCUUUGAAAAGUAUUUAAAGUGUCUGAUUUAUGUAUUGCUUUGUAUGGGAAAAUUACUGUUCAUUUAUACAUGUAUGAAGUCACACGUGCACACACCUUCCCUGCCUGGAGGGAUGUGUUUAAAUGAUAACCGCUCUAUUUGUAUUCAAAUAGGUAAUCGAAUACCACCGGCAGUUAAAGAUCUAGCUUCAUCAAUCUAUAGAAAACUGAAAAACUUUGGUGAAGUCACAAUGGAUGAUGCUGAAAGCAGAGAAAGGUAAAAGGAUCAGUGAUUAGCAGUUCGCUGUUUAGUGUUCCUAUCAUGAUACACACCACUUACGUUUAAAACUAUUGUCUACUAAUCCUUUUAAGUUUUAAAACAUGUUUGUUUUUUCUUAUUUCUUCAUCCCUACCUUUUUAGUAUAAUUCAGGAUCCAUCAGCCAUAUACAUACACUGUCUGACCUAAGCUGCAUGUAUGUAAAAUUUCCUUUCAAAACUUGAUGAAAGGAUAAUUAUACUAAAAAUAAUACUUGUAAAGUUUGUUGUCCUUUAAGUGUUUUACAAUUCAUCUAUGCAUUGGUCCUUCUCCUACCUGUCAAGCAAUCCACAUCACUGGAUCUGUAUUUAGGGGGCAAAAGUGGUAGUUAUUUGGAGAAGCUUUCUUGCAAGUUUUGGACAAGCCUGGCCUAAAAUAAUAGAUCAGGGUGGUGCAGUAGACAUUGCUUACAUAGAUUUCAGUAAGGCUUUUGACACUGUUGCACAUAGAAGGUUUAUCAAUAAACUGCAAUCUUUAAGUUUGGAUUCCAAUAUUGUUGAAUGGGUAAGGCAGUGGCUGAGUGACAGGCAACAGAGGGUUGUAGUUAAUGGAAUAUAUUUGAAGCUUGGACUUGUCACCAGUGGGGUACCUCAGGGAUCUGUACUUGGACCCAUUCUCUUUAAUAUUUUUAUUAGUGAUAUUGCAGAAGGUCUUGAUGGUAAGGUAUGUCUUUUUGCUGAUGAUACUAAGAUAUGUAACAGGGUUGAUGUUCCAGGAGGGAUAAGCCAAAUGGCAAAUGAUUUAGGUAAACUAGAAAAAUGGUCAGAAUUGUGGCAACUGACAUUUAAUGUGGAUAAGUGCAAGAUAAUGCAUCUUGGACGUAAAAACCCAAGGGCAGAGUAUAGCACAUACCCACCAUUUUCCUUGAAGUGUUCAGUCACUCUGCAGCUGAAACCUGAGACACUCAGGCUGUGGCUAGUUGAAAAGUUGUGAAGUUCCCCUCACUUCUGACUCUGAGGACUGAUUUGAUUCUGAUGUCCGUUUAAGUUGCAAUGGAGAUGGGAGUGCUCCUUUAACCUGAUAUGGCCCACCUAUAAGUUGUUUCUAGCUUUGUAUUUUGGUCUCAAAAUCGAUUUUCUGAAUUCUCUCUAGAGAAAUAUAUUGUAUGCCAGACUUUUGUCUUUGAUAUGCUAUUGAAUUAUCAGCGAUUUGCAAGUCGAAAGGCAGAUUGUAUGCCAAGUAGGAUUUGAAGCCCAUUGUUAAAGUUGCAUUUUUUUUAGCUUUAUUGCAUGUUUAAUGCCCCUCUGUUGUGUUCUAUUUGUAAUUCUUUUUUCUGUGUCAUUACAGAGCCGUGUAUGAAUUGUCAAUGAAGAUUUUAGAUGAAUUACAGAUCCAGUAAACUCAAGGCACUGGUUCCGACUUUUUUUUUUUUUAAAUGUAUAUAUUUAUUGAGUUAUUAAAUAUAAGCUACUUGCAUUUAAUAUUUUUACAUUACAAUUGAGAAAAGACUGCUAAAAAGAAAACCAAAAUAAUUAUGCAUUUUCAAUCUAUUUCCCAUUCAUAUAAAUAUUUUUAUACUUUUUUUCUUUUUUUUACUCCAUGUGUAAACCAGUUUCUACUAAUUUGUUUAAUUUCAGGUUAACCGUGCAAACAUUACACAUUUUUGUAAUUGUAUUUUAUAUAUGGAUAUGUGUUUUUUUGCUUUCUUUAAAUAAAGAAAAGGGAAACUUCUUUUUUUCUUCUUCUUUAAAGGCAUGCAAAGCAUCAAGGGCACACCUAAUCAGACCAAAACGGUUGUUUUUCUGUUAGUGAAAUGUUUGACAAAAUUAUUUAAGCAUUGCUUUGUUACAUG